GAGACAGUAUACGCUUCUUUCACCAUUACAAUUUAGCAAAAUGGGCAAGCUGACUGUAACUGCAGGUCUCUGUUUGGUCAUCGCCAGCUUGGUCUCCGUCUCAACCGCAUCCAAAGCCCAUUCCUCGAAGCUGGUGUGUCACUUUAACCUCGAUGCUAAAAAUAGAGCGCACUACGGCAGGUUCACGGUUUCAGAUAUCAAUCCGAACCUGUGUACCCACCUGAUCUUAGGCUCUGCUGACAUUGACAACCUAAAUCAUCUGGCCUACAACCAUCAAAAUGAAGAACAACACUAUUGGUCUUGUAAUGCACUCAAAGCCAGAAAUACAGAGCUCAAAACAAUGCUGGCGGUUGGUGGCUUGCCCUUUGACAACCUAAAAUUCAAUAGAAUGGUGGCAACACAAGCAAGCAGACAAGCGUUCAUCGACUCUGCUAUCAGACUACUGAGAUACUAUGGGUUUGAUGGGCUAAACAUUGACUGGAGGUACCCUGGAAGCACGUACAAGGAUAAAUUCACACUGCUGUGCAAGGAGCUCAAAGACGCCUUUGUGGCUGAGGGAUUAGGAACUUACCGUGACAGCUUAAUCGUCACUGCUAGUGUCUCUGCUGUGAAAGCAACCAUCGAUGAAAGUUAUGAAGUCACACAGAUUGCAGCGCAAUUGGAUUUCAUUAAUGUGAUGACAUAUGACUUUGCUCACUCCUCGGGAGCUGUCACAUUUCAUCACAGCGGCUUACACCAGGCAUCCCUACACAAUGGAGCCGAUAUAUACUUGAACGCUGCCUUUGCAAUGUCAUACUGGAGUACCCAGGGAGCACCUAAAUACAAGCUAAACUUGGGGAUUGCGGCAUUUGGGAAAACGUAUGAGCUCUCUGCACCCAGUCUUGGAGCAUCAGUUAAUGGUCCUGGUAAAGGAGGCUCAUACACCAGUAAAGCCGGAUUCUUGGCCUAUUAUGAGAUUUGCCAGUUUCUUCCUGGUGCUACAAUCCAGUUCAUUCCUGAUCAGAAAGUUCCAUAUGCCACUAAAGGAGAUCAGUGGGUUGGAUAUGACAACCAAAACAGCCUUACUUAUAAGGUCAAAUACAUUAAAGACAACGGCUUUGGAGGUGCCUUUCUCACGUCUUUGGACCUGGAUGACUUUAGUGGAUAUUUCUGUAAGCAUGGCAACUACCCCUUCACCAGCCACCUGCAUUCUCUCCUGAUUCCAGGUUUUCCUAACCUCUGUAUUGGUAAGGCAAAUGGGCUCUACUCCAACUCUCUUGAUCCAAGCACUUAUUUCAACUGUUGGGAUGGAGCGGGCCACAUCCAAAAAUGCCCAGCAGAUUUGGUCUUUACACAAUACAGUCAAAGCUGUGAACAUCCAACAACCACCUCCACUGAAAACCCCUGUUAUGGUAGGCUAUAUGGGCUCUACCCCCACCCUCAUUACCCACAUUGUUAUUACAACUGUGGUCAUGGAAUAGCCCACCUCCAAUGUUGCCCAGCAAAUUUGGUCUUUAAAAGUUCCUGUCAAUGCUGUGACUAUCACACAACCACCUACAAUGCAAACACCUGUUUUGGAAAGAACAAUGUACUCGUCCCUAACCCACAAGACCCAUAUUCUUAUUAUAAAUGUAUGACUGGAUAUGCCCACCUCCUAUAUUGCCCAUCAUAUUCAGUCUUUAAAACAUCUUUGUGUGUCUAUCCCACACCCAUUGCAAACCCCUGUCAUGGAAAGCCAAGUGGGGUCUACGCAAACCAUAAUGACCCAUAUUCUUUUUAUCACUGUGAUCAUGGAAUAACCUACCACAAAUACUGUCCAACAUAUUCGGUCUUUAAACAAUCCUGCCGUUGCUGUGCCCAUCCCACAACCACCCACACUGGAAUCCCCUGUAAUGGACUGAUCCAUGGGCUCUUACCUUACCCUGGGGACAACCAUUGCUUUUACCACUGUUCUAAUGGAAUAGCCUACAAGAAACGGUGUCCUGCAAAUUUGGUCUUUAAUCCAUCUUGCCAUUGCUGUGACUAUCCCACAUCCACCCCCACUGUAAACCCCUGUAUUGGAGUGAGCAAUGGGUACUACGCCUACACACCUGACCCACAUUGUUUUUACAAAUGUGCUAGUGGAAAUCACCACUUCCUAGUAUGCCCAAAAAAUUAUGUCUAUAAACAUUCCAGCCAUUGCUGUGUCUAUGGCAUAACCGGCCCCACUGGAAACCCUUGUCAUAAUAAGGCCUAUGGGUACUUCCCCUUCCAAUAUGACCCACAUUAUUAUUACAACUGUGCUCAUGGAAUAGCCUACCUCCAAAAAUGUGCAGCAAAUUUGGUCUGGGAUCCCUCUGGUAACUGCUGUAACUACCCCCCAUCUACAAACACUGGAUUUUGUUAUGGAAAGCCAAGUGGGCACUACGCCCACCCUAGUGACCCACAUGCUUUUUACCAAUGUGAUCAUGGAAUAACCCACCUAAAAUAUUGCUCAGACACGUUGGUCUGGGAUUCAUCCUGUACUUGCUGUAACCAUCCCCCAGCAACAGGACCCUGUAGUGGAAAGGGAAAUGGGCUCUACUACAACCCUUACGGCGCAAGCUAUUAUUACAACUGUUGGAAUGGACAUCAUUACGUCCAAAAAUGCCCAGGAAACUUGGUCUUCACACAAUACCUUCAAAGCUGUGGACAUCCCACAACCACACCCCCUGCAAACCCCUGUCAUGGAAAGGCACAUGGGCUCUACCCCAACCCACAUGACCCACAUUGUUUUUACAACUGUGGUCAUGGAAUAGCCCACCCCCAAUGUUGCCCAGCAAAUUUGGUCUUUAAAAGUUCCUGUCAAUGCUGUGACUAUCACACAACCACCUACAAUGCAAACCCCUGUUCUGGAAAGCACGAUGUACUCGUCCCUAACCCACAAGACCCAUAUUCUUAUUAUAAAUGUAUUUAUACAAAUGCCCACCUCCUAUAUUGCCCAUCAUAUUCAAUCUUUAAAACAUCUCUCUGUGUCGUUCCCACACCAAUUGCAAACCCCUGUCAUGGAAAGUCAAAUGGGUUCUACGCAAACUUUCAUGACGCAAGUUCUUAUUAUCACUGUGAUCAUGGAAUAUCCCACAAAAAAUACUGUGCUUCAGGUUCGGUCUUUAAACACACCUGCCAUUGCUGUGCCCGUCCCACAACCACCCCCACUGGAAUCCCCUGUAAUGGACUGAUCCAUGGGCUCUUACCUUACCCUGGGGACAACCAUUGGUUUUACCACUGUUCUAAUGGAAUAGCCUACAAGAAACAGUGUCCUGCAAAUUUGAUCUUUAAUCCAUCCUCCCAUGUCUGUGACUAUCCCACAUCCACCCCCACUGGAAACCCCUGUAAUGGAGUGAGCAAUGGGUACUACCCCUACCAGCAGCAUUCACGAGCUGACACCCACCCGCCCGCUCGCCUGCCCGCCCUCUCUCAUCCACGAUUUCUGAAGCUCUGUACCCUGCUGUUGCCUGGCAAAGGCAGCAGUGCCGGCGGGGCGUGCAGAGGUCCUUGGGAACCGCCAGUACAAUAA